AUGCCCUACGGAAUGACUAGUGCAUUCACAUACUGGGCAGACAGACAUCAACUUCCAGACUCUCCACAAUUUGCUUUCGAUGAUUUGGUCGCGGAUGAGGGAUUCCCGCUCACCUGCUCGAUUGUGGCGAACGCAAAGGGUAUCAGAUGCAUAGAUAGCGGAGUUUUUGUUCCUUUAUACACAGGAAUUACGGGGGAAUAUAUUUCUUGCUUUUCUGCUGUGUCUUUGGGGGUGUCAGGACACGGUGAUCUCGAUUCUGUUAAUUGCACCAAAACUGCCACGCCGAAUCACUUUUGGAAUCGCAGAGAUGUAGCACAAUGUGGUAAAAAUGCUCCACAGGAAAGUCAAGUAUGUCCGCUGAAUACUUGCUGUAGUGGUAAUGGAUACUGCGGGACCACAUCCGCCUAUUGCAUCAACGCCGACCCCAUCAACGGCAACGCACCCUGCCAACGCGGCUAUGGCGCCUGCGGCCUCAUAGCCCCCCCCAGCUGCGGUCCUGGCAGCACAACCGCUAGCAACGGACGCAAAGUCUCCUACUGGCAAAUCAGCAGCGCGACGCGUUCCUGUAACGCACUCCCUGUUUCUCUCAUCUCUACUCAAAAUAUCACACAUCUCAUCUUCGCCUUUAUGUCUAUCUCUCCUAAUACUUUCCACGUGGUUCCUUUCGAUACUACGGCUGUACCCAUGUAUUCCUUUACUGCUCUCGCUUCCGCUACUUUGGCGACGUAUAUGGCUAUUGGGGGCGGGGGAUCAAGUGUCUUGCCCCCGAUUUGGAGUCAGAUGGUUUCGAAUCAGGGGAAUCGAGCAGCGUUUAUAAGUAGUGUGGAGGGGUGGCUGAGUACGUUUCAUUUCCAGGGUGUAGAUUUGGAUUGGGAGUUUCCGAGUAGUAAUAGUGAUCGCGAUGGGCUUGUAGCGUUGGUGAGAGAGAUGAGGGAGAGUUUUACGACGAAUUUUCCGGAGAGAAAUUGGGGGAUAAGUGUGGUUUUACCGCCAGAUAUCUCCUCCCUCCAAUUCUUCGACCCCAUAAACCUAGAACCCUACACCACCUUCUUCAACUUCAUGUCCUACGACCUCCACGGCCCAUGGGAAGCCUCCAACCCCUCUCUUGGCGCUUUCGUGCGUCCCCAAACCUCUCUCCCCGAUAUCACCAUCGCUCUUUCCCCCCUCUGGUUCGCAGGCGUCGAUCCCGCGAAACUGAAUCUUGGACUCGCAGCCUACGGACGCGGCUACACGCUUGCGAGUCCGGAGUGUGCGGAUAUCGGGUGUGCGUAUAUAGGGCUUAGUGAACCUGGGCCCUGUAGUACGGAACCUGGUAUUCUGAGUAUGAGGGAGAUUGAGGUGUUGGUGCAGAGAGAGGGGUUGAAACCUACGUGGGUGGGUGCGACUGCGGCGGAGCAGGGGGGGAUGGGGGUGAAACAAAUUGUUUUUGGUGGGGGAAAACAGUGGAUGGGGUUCGAUGAUCAGGAGAGUUGGGGGGUGAAGAGGAAAUAUGCGGACGCGCUUUGUAUGGGGGGGACGGUGGUUUGGAGUUUGGAUUUGCAGGGGGUGGGGAGUGGUGAUGGUAAUUUUGGACCGGGGUUCUAG